AGAGGGAGAGAGAGGGACGCUGCAAUAUCAUGCGCGAGCGCCUCUCGAAGUGCCGCAGAUACACGGGCUGCGUUCGCGCACACACACGCACGCACUCAGGAGCGCGCGCACGGACGGACGGAGAACGAGGGACAGAGGAACAUUCUGGGUGUCGGGAUCUCCGCCUCACAGGUCUAUGCGAGCUCCUUCGGGAUUUACAACUCUCUUUUUCCCCCCCUGCUCCGUUUCAGCGGAGCUCGAGACUGCGGACCUGUUUUUAAAACUCUGCGGUACCACUGACAGAAACGGAGGGUGAGCUCGUGCGUAAGCAAACGGAGCAGUAAAGUUCCUGUGAUUUUUUUUCUUCUUUUUUUAAUUAAUAUAUCGGGUUCAAGAAGACGGGUGUUUUAAAGGAUUUUUUUCUCCUGCGUUAGAAUGGAUUGAAAUGUCUGAGGGUUUUUGUUGUUGUUGUUGUUUUUGUUUUUUUUUUCUCCCCUGCUAUAAAGUAAACUACAUGCGCGUGUAGUGUGUGAAUUCCACUAUGAGUCUUGAAUGCGUUUAAUUGCCAGACUGUGCGGGGUUUAGAGUACUAGAGGCAUUAAUCGUGAGAAAGAGAAAGACUGAAGAGAAUACAUAUAUAAAUUUGGAAGAAAGGAGGAGUAAUCCACCGCAAAUCCACUGUAGUUGAAGCGCGUUGAGAAGACUGACAGCAGCACUAACAAGAAGGGAAAACGCUUUUUCUUCUUUUUUUGAGCAAACUGUUGAUGAAAAUAACUUUACAUAUUUUCCCCCGAAAACGGUGAUUAGAGACAGGGCGCAAUGAGGAAUAUAGGCACGACGGACUGCCUCUGCUACUGCUUUCUGCUGCUGCAGCUGCUGACUCAGCCCGCGGCCAAGCAAGUGCUGCGCUACCGUCUGGCUGAGGAAGGUCCCGCCGAUGUGCGCGUGGGGAACGUGGCUGCCGACCUUGGCAUCGUUGCCGGCUCCGGGGAUGUGACUUUCACCCUCGAGUCUGGCUCUGAGUAUUUCAAGAUCGACAACAUUACCGGCGAAUUGAGCACCAAUGAGCGGCGCAUUGACCGCGAGAAGCUGCAGCAGUGCCUGAUGAUAUUCGACGAGAAUGAGUGCUUUAUAGACUUCGAGGUGUCCGUGAUCGGGCCCGCGCAAAGCUGGGUAGACCUGUUCGAGGGCAAGGUCAUAAUUUUGGACAUAAACGACAACACGCCGUCUUUCCCGUCGCCUGUGCUCACUCUCUCCGUGGAGGAAAACAGGCCGAUCGGCACGCUUUACCUCUUGCCCACGGCCACUGACAGGGAUUUCGGGAGAAACGGUAUAGAGAGGUACGAGUUGAUUCAGGACAGUGGAGAAAGCUCCGUGCGACGGAUAGGCUCCGGAGGCUCUUCUAAUGUCGACUCUCAUAUGGGUAAAAGAAGAUUUGAUGACGGCGCGAGUAGGAGUAGCGUGUUUGAACUUCAAGUCGCUGAUACUACAGACGGAGAAAAACAACCGCAGCUGAUUAUUAAAGGCGCACUGGACAGAGAGCAGCGCGACUCCUAUGAGCUGACUCUACGCGUCAGGGACGGCGGCGACCCCCCGCGAUCCUCUCAAGCCAUCCUCAGAGUGAUGAUUACAGAUGUGAAUGACAACAGCCCGCGUUUUGAGAAGAGCGUGUAUGAGGCAGACCUACCCGAGAACAGCUCCCCUGGCGCUCCCAUCCUCCAGCUUAAGGCAAUGGAUGCUGAUGUUGGGGUUAAUGGACAGAUUGAAUACGUUUUCGGGGCAGCCACUGAAUCAGUGCGGCGACUGCUGCGGUUAGACGAGAGCACAGGCUGGCUUAGUGUAUUGCAUAGGAUUGAUCGUGAGGAAGUGAGUCAACUGCGGUUCACAGUCAUGGCCCGUGACCGUGGUCAGCCUCCCAAGACAGACAAGGCAACAAUGAUUAUUAAUAUCAAGGAUGAAAACGACAAUGUCCCAAAUAUCGAUAUAAGAAAAAUUGGACGCAUUUACCUGAGAGAUGGUGUGGCAAAUGUAGCAGAAGACGUAGUAGUAGACACACCUAUUGCACUGGUGCAAGUGUCUGAUCGUGACAAGGGACAGAACGGUGUAGUGACAUGCACUGUGGUUGGUGAUGUGCCCUUCCAGCUGAAGCCUGCAAGUGAGAUAGAGGGUGAAAUGAACAAAAAGAAAUAUUUCCUGCACACAUCAGCGCCGCUUGACUAUGAAGCUGUGCAGGAGUACAACGUCGUCAUCGUUGCUGUGGAUUCAGGCAGUCCCAGUUUAUCUGCAAACAACUCAUUAAUCGUGAAAGUUGGGGACAUGAAUGACAAUCCACCUAUAUUUAGCAAAAGCACAAUGGAGGUCUCAUUUCCAGAAAACAAUUCUCCUGGUGAACGUGUACUGACUGUAGUGGCCUUGGAUGCAGACAGUGGUAAAAAUGCAGAAAUCUCAUACUCACUGGAUUCCUCUGUGAAUGGAAUAUUUUCCAUUGAUCCAGACAGUGGUGACAUUCGUGUGAACACAAUACUUGAUAGAGAGCAAACAGAGCGGUAUGAGUUCAAAGUAAUCGCCAAAGACAAAGGUGUGCCUGUUUUACAGGGUUCAGCUACAGUGGUGGUACUAGUGGCAGACAGGAAUGACAAUGAACCAAAGUUUAUGCAGGAUGUUUUUACUUUCUAUGUAAAGGAGAACCUGCAACCCAAUAGCCCCGUAGGCAUGGUAACAGUAAUGGAUGCAGACAAGGGACAUAAUGCUGAGAUGAGCCUAUACAUUGAGGAAGAGGAAGAAAUUUUCUCCAUUGAGAACAACACGGGAACCAUUUUUUCUACUGUAGCGUUUGAUCGUGAACAGAAAACCACCUACUCAUUCCGUGUUAAGGCUGUUGAUGGUGGGGAACCAUCUCGAUCAGCCACGGCCACAGUCUCUCUUUUUGUCAUGGAUGAAAAUGAUAAUCCACCAACAGUCACUUUUCCUCUUAACAGCUCCUAUACUCUGUUACCUCCAUCCAGCAAUUUGAGAACAGUUGUCCGGACAGUCAUAGCUACUGAUACUGACACAGGUGUCAAUGCUGACCUCAGCUUCAGCAUAGUCGGAGGCAAUCCCUUCAAGUUAUUUGAGAUUGACCAUGCCACUGGCGUUAUUUUAUUAAUUAGCAAGUUAGAACAGAAACACUACGGCCUUCACCGCCUGGUAGUGCAAGUUAAUGACAGUGGGGUUCCCUCACAGAGCACCACCACACUAGUGCAUGUCUAUGUCAAUGAAACACUCUCCAAUUCCACCAUAGUUGAAGCCAAAAUUGCCAAGAGCCUUGGUACACCCCUUAAUGCUGACAUUGCUGGAGACCCCAAUUAUGAGCUGGGCAAGCAGCGUUUAAGCAUUGCUAUCGGAGUGGUGUCUGGCAUCAUGACUGUCAUCCUCAUCAUCCUCAUUGUGGUCAUGGCCCGCUACUGUAGGCCCAAGAACAAGAACGGGUAUGAGGCUGGUAAAAAAGACCAUGAGGACUUCUUUACCCCGCAGCAGCAUGACAAGAACAAGAAACCCAAAAAAGACAAGAACAAAAGGAAGUCUAAGCAGCCUCUGUACAGCAGUAUUGUCACAGUAGAGGCAUCAAAGCCUAAUGGACAGCGCUAUGAUGGUGUCAAUGAGAAACUCUCUGACAGCCCUGGAAUGGGGCGUUAUCGCUCUGUUAAUGGUGGGCCAGGAAGCCCAGACCUUGCCCGUCACUACAAGUCCAGCUCACCUCUACCUACUGUUCAGCUUCAUCCACAGUCACCCACAGCAGGGAAAAAACACCAGGCUGUUCAGGAUCUGCCCCCGGCCAACACCUUCGUGGGGACCGGAGAUAACAUAUCCAUUGGAUCUGAUCACUGCUCUGAGUACAGCAGCCAAACCCUGAACAAGUACAACAAGCAGCCAUUCCGCCGAGUGACGUUCUCGGUGGUGAGCCAGCCCCAGGACCCUCACCAGGGCUCUCUGCAGAGCUGCUACGACAGCGGCCUUGACGAGUCGGAGACGCCGAGCAGCAAGAGCUCCACAGGCCCCCGGCUUGGAGCCCUCCCCCUCCCUGAGGAUGCCUAUGAGAGGACCACGCCGGAUGGCAGUGUCGGUGAGGCAGAGCAUAUGGAAAAUGACUCUCGGCCCCUGCCGGAUGUAGCCAUGACGGGGAAGUGUACGCGUGAGUGUGACGAGUAUGGCCACUCAGACGCUUGCUGGAUGCCAGUGCGCACUUCACCCGAGCGCAGGCCCAAGGCCACCCCUCCCAAACUCUCCACCUUCAACUCGAGCUCAGCCGGGUGCAGCGGCGUUGAACAAGCCACAAGCUCCGAUCCACUUGCUGUGGCCAAUGGAGAGCCCUCGCACCUGCUCGGAGACCGCAACCGCAAUCUCCUCAACAAGAAAAUGGCCUCCUCCUCUUCCUCCUCUUCGGCCUACGAUGCUUUCAGCUCGGCCGCCUUCUCUGCUAGUGAAGAAACGUCUCGGCCUGUUGAAGAAAUUCCACUGGCACCCACAGGUGAAUAUAAACCCACUCAAUGUGGGACGCUCACCAGACGUGAGGUUUACCUGUGAAUGUCCCAGUGAAUGAGUCACAAGUCAAUAUUCGUUCCAACAAUGACUCUUCGGCAAUUUCAGAGACGCUCUUAGCGCCAAAGCCUGGUAUGAAAUGUGUGCUUGUUUGAUAUAAGCAGUGAGUAAAAGACAUAAAAACAUGGUUAACAGGUUUGUAGAUUUGGAGGAGACAGAGGAGGAGGAAUAGAGGUGGAGAGAGAGGGAUGCUGGUGGAUGAGUCCUGUGUCAUUUUGCUGCUAGAAUUCUGGGCCCUCUGACUUUUCCCAAAGUGCUGCCUGGUUGUGUAGAAUUCAUCAUAAGCAUGCAUGCAAAAUCUAGCCCUGGAUGACUUGGACUAUACUUUUUAGGAUGUUUAUUCUUUUUUAUUCUUUCUUUUUCUAAUUAAUGCUAAAUAGAUGACAGGAGGCAAGACUGGUGCUGUUUUAUUUUUUAUUUGUAAUUUUUAAUUUUGUGUUAAUGUUCCUGGAGGGGAUUGGAAUUGAAGAGAUUUUUUUUCUUUAGUUUGCUUUAAUUAUUGUAUACUUAUGCAAUCUGUCCAAGCAUUGGACUAGUUACACUGGACAACCAUGCAUUCAAAGAGACACCAAAAACAAGAAAACUGAUCAAUCGUGGACAAGAAAGAAUUGAUGUAUCACAUUAUCAACAAAUAGUAAUGGGAUUCAUUCAGAAAACACCUGGAGCAUGUCCUUGUGUACUAGUAACAUUUCCAGUGACUGUAACCUUUAGAAUGGGUCUGUAGAUAUCUAAAUGGUGGCAUACAAGCUGUAAAUGGUGAACUUACACUGCAAGAAGCGAGUUUACCUGUGUGCCUAUCUGCUUUUCAAACACAGACACACACACACACACACACACACACACACACACACACACACACACACACACACUCACAGGAUCUUAUGUGGGUGACGAGUUGUACAUAAAUAUGCUAAACAUAUUGGGGACACAUGCUUUAUACCUAAGCUGCCAACUCACCAAACUCUUGGCCCCUGUCCUUUCUCUGUACACUGCUGCAUUGUGGGAGUUCUUGACAUUUCUUGGGUCGCCUGUUAGUGCUGUAAUUCCACAAACAGUGUCAACUCUAGGAGAUCUUGACAUGAUCUAUGCCAUUUUCUUUAUUGCUGUCUAAGACUUAAACUGAAACCCUUCGUGACCUAUGGCACACAAUGAGUUACACAUGCACACAAACACACAUGGCACCUUACACACACACAGACACACACACAUAGGACCUAACUGGCAAUUAGGAUAUCUUGUUAGAUAAAUGACUAGCUACCAGGAAAUGAUUAAGAUGAUUUGGUCCCACAGACCACAUGCUUGGGCUGGUCCUGUAUAACAUUCUCAAAGUAUGAGUGUUAAACUGAGCAAUAAACCCAAGGAACAUAGAAGUAUUCAUUCUCAAUAACACCUACCUAAAAUACAGAAGACACACCUGAAAUGACUAGUCUCCUAAUCAAACCAGUGAAUAAUGAUACACAAACACACUGAGGGAAUGAGGAUCCACCAGCUAAAUAGAUUUGUACAAUCAAAACAGGUAUCUUUACGAUGUCAUUGGGCUAAAGGAGCACUUGUGGCCAUGCAAAAACAAAUGUUGUCAUAAAAAAAAAAAAUUAAUAAUAAUAAUAAUAAUAAUAAUAAUAAUAAAGUCCUGGGAAGAAUAUGACAUGGUAUUUGGUAUUAAAGAGGAGGCAAACUGAGAAUCUGGUUGUAUGUUGGUUUAAAUACAUGCAAGUUUAACUGUAGAGUCUGAGGCUAGAGAAACAGCCGUUAGAUGAUGUCCUUUCUGAAAUGCAUACAAACACUUAAAUACACAUACUUUCACAUGUUAAGGUCCUGUGCUCAAAAUUCCAUCAAGUAACCCAAGUUUUUGGUUGAGUGUACACUUCUAAGGCUCUAAUCCUGCCUUUAAAACUGGGUGACAAUAAUCAGAUGCAAUGGAUUUACUUUUUUGUACCCUGGAGAACCCUGAGUCUGAAUGGACUGCACUUUUUUUUUUCUCGCAGCCUGAAUCUAUAGUCUGUGUGUUCUACUUGUCGUUAAAAGAAGUGCUCUGAUGCUUAUCCACUGUAUACAGAAAUAUGUACUUUUUAUUGCACGUUUAAAGGGAUUCUACUUCACAUAUUAUGAAGGAAAAAAAUGGAAAAAAAGGAAAUGUAUUUAAAAAAAAAUCUUACUGUGUGAGCUUGGAGGACCAUUGCUUGCUUUUGUUAUAAACAAACAUUAUAAACAUACAUGUAGUAUGUCUUAGAUUAUGAGUUUGAAAAGGAUGAAAAAUGAAUUAUGUAUACUACAAUGAUUCAUUGCUUUAUUUAGCAUCACACAUUUGGUAAAUGUCUUCAUUCUUCUGAUCAAAUAUCUUUUUUUUCUUUCUAUCUCAAUUUACCACAUGCUCACAUUGAUAUCACUGACACACUGAAAGAUUGCUUGUCACAUCACACAUGUAUAACAUAAUCCAACACCAUACUCAGCCGGCAUGAUUUAAAGUUCUGUCUAUUUUUUUUUAAAUUAUUAUUUUUUUUUAUUUUAUUUUUUUAAUGUAAACUUGGUAAUGACUCCCUGUGUUGAGCUUUAUUCAUUUUUUCUUUAUCAUUUCCUGUGCCACUUUGUAUAAUUAGAAUGCUUCUGUAAAAAAAAAAAAGGAAAAAAAUCAAAACAAAUCUAUAGAGUGAAUGCAAAAUAUGCAACUGUGCCUUUUUAUACCGUUCUUGGUAUGACUCAUCAUUUUGACUAGUAUACAAAUCGAGAUGGAUGAAGGGUGUUAUCUGGGGAAAUGACACACCCUGUUUAUAUGAUACUGAAAAGAAACACUAAAACAAAGCUUUUAUCUUGUGACUUCUUCAUGUUAGAUUGGUCAAAUGUUGUCAAGUCUAUCAAUAAGUAACAACUGUACACGUUUUAGGCAAUCUCCUAGCAUAUGAAUCCAUCCGAUUUCAAAUUUUCGCAUGAUUACUUGACCAAACCACUAUUUAUAUACAUAAUAUAUAUAUAAAAAAAGUUGCUAAUGAGAUCAUCAUAGUCAUGAUAGUAAGGAUAAUGAAAUUAUCAGUAAAGUAAAUGCUGCAUUAGUUAAGCUCAAUGCAGAAUGAAGAGUUAAACUAAGUUUGUCUAGUAUAGACAUAAAACUGAUUGUCUGGUGGUUUUACUAAAUGCUAAUAGGCAAAAGACCAGCUGGGAGAAAAGAAAAACAUAUAUGGAAAUGUGUGCUGGCAAAACAUACACCUCUAUGGGAGAAAUAUGCAUUUGUAGACAUGCAGAAUACUAUAUUACAUAUUACUAUACAGAUAAUAAAUGUCAAUUUGAGAGAAACAAGAGAUAAAUAUUGAUGAAUGUGAAAGAAAGAGCAAUUGAAUCUUGAAGAAAUAGAUAAGCUUUGAUAACUAAUAAUAGAAAAUAUUUCUCCUCUUAGCAGAGAUUAGAUUAAAGCCAGCAUUGCUGAAAGCAGAAAGUCUGUAGUUUAUCCUUCUCACAAAUUGAGGCGUGUGUUCUGUCAGUUCUGAACUUAAGAUUAAACCUUGAGUUGUCAGACAUUUCACCCCUAGUGGAGAGAUCUGUAAUAUUAACCAUACUCUAUUUGUCCUGCGACUUGGAUGUUGAUGUAGAAUUGAUGAUCAGUUUUAAUCAUUGUUUUAUUAGGAGUCACUAUGCACGCAGCUUAGCUGAACAUGGCAAAAUGUACUGAACGCUGAAGUCCACCUCUAUUUAUGAACUAUUUUACUUAAUUUAAUUUUUGCUUUUGUACAGGUAUUUCUGUAAAUAAACUGCUUGUCAUUUUUUGUCUCUUCAAAAAUUAAAAUAUAACAAUUAAAAAGUG